CUAAUGUCAAACACUGAAGCUUGCGUUGGGACCUGGAGGCCCCACAGGCCAAGAGGGCCCAUUGCUGCCCUCUAUGGUAGCCCAGGGCCCAAGUAUACACUGCCUGGACUCACAGGCGCUUCAAAACACGACCCUACUAAAUACAAAGCACCAGCAUUCAGCUUUGGGACACGUCAUAAUCAGACCAAUUAUAACUGCUCCCCUGGACCACAAUACCUCAUCCCCACCACCCGACAUGGCCGAAGCGGUGCUCCCGCGUUUUCCCUCGGCAGCCGUUGGAAGGAGCCAGAAUCGUUCACAUCCCCUGGACCAGGCAAAUACUCCCCAGAGCGUGCAGAUAAGCAGAUUUGUCACUCUGCUCCUGCUUUUUCUUUAUCCGGGAGGGGCAAAGACAUCAGAGGUUGUGAAACACCAGGUCCAGCCACCUACACUCUGCCCCCUGUGCUGGGGCCCAAAACUAUGACCACACCUACAGCUCCCAGUUACUUAAUCUGUGGCCGCAGGAAAACUGGAAGCUUCCUAGAGGAUCUGCAGAAGACUCCUGGCCCUGCUGCCUACAAAGUUGUGGAUCCUUGUAUUUACAGUCAAAAACCUCCCCAGUGCAGCAUGAUAGGUCGGAACUACCCACCUUCUAAAACCACAGAGACACCAGGACCUGCUGCAUACUAUCCUGAAAAGGUGACCUUCACAAGAGCAAAAGCUCCUGGCUUCUCCUUUGGAGUUCGGCACUCAGAACACAUCUUACCUAUCACUGAACAUGUGACUGAAUAA